CGAUUGGGAAUAUAAUCCUUACAAGCCCCUAUCAAUUGGAGUAAGCUUAAACGAAGUGUCUGUACGAAAUUUAUGUCAAUGUUGAAGCAAAACUGGGCGACUCGUAAGGUGGCUUGAAAAUGACGGUUCUCCGUCGGGGUAAGAAGGAGCACUUUUUACUCCGACGGAGAGGACGGGUUCGUCACUUGCUCAUUCUAUAAACAUAUAAAUCAACACUGAACGUCCCCACAAAAACCAGUUAUUAACACACCUUUCUCAAUCAAAUAAUAAACCUCGUUCACAAAUCAAAACAAAUAAUAAUAUAAUUAUAGUCCUCAGUACGCAUCAAAUGGCAGAAUCAUAUCCAGCUCUCCCUCUCCCCUCAGAAAUCACCGAAUCCUACCUCCCAACCCACGACUUAACCUACCACGUCCUAACAGCAGGCCAACGCAAUAAACCCCUCGUCCUCUGCCUCCAUGGCUUCCCGGAGCUGGCCUACUCAUGGCGCAAGGUGAUGCCAGCCAUUGCAGCUGAAGGCUACUACGUCGUAGCAUAUGAUCAACGAGGCUACGGACGAACAACGGGAUGGGAUACUCGCGACUUCUCUUCUGUGGACCUGAACACUUUCACGUUUACUCGGCUGGUCACAGAUGCUGUGAUAUUGAUUAAUGCGCUGGGCUAUAAGGAAGUCGCAUGUGUUCUUGGUCAUGAUUUUGGAGCGGUGCCAGCUGCAAUAGGUGCUAUCACGAGACCAGAUAUUUUCAAAUCCGUGGUAUUAUUGACGCAUCCUUUCAGUGGCAUUCCGUCUUUGCCUUUCGAUACGGUGGGAAAACCAACACCUGAGCCCAAGAAGGGCAAUUUCCACCAAGCUUUGGCCGAGCUACCGGAACCUCGAAAGGCCUAUAAAAUUUACUACUCGACGGCCCCUGCUGCUGCUGAUAUGGACAACCCCAAAGAAGAUCUUCACGACUUUCUUCGAGGGUAUUUUCAUCUGAAGAGUGCAGACUGGAAAGGCAACGACCCAAAGCCACUGAAGGCGUGGGAAGCAACUGAGCUUGCAAAGCUACCAUACUAUUAUGUUAUGCCUCUCAAAGCAGGCAUGCGCGAGUCUGUCAAGAUCUCCAUGGCAGACGAAGAUCCAGCAUCAGUCUCGAAGUUAAGUGCAAGAUGGCUGGAUGAUGACGAUCUUGCUGUCUAUGUUCAAGAACAUGGCAGGACUGGGUUCCAAGGUAGUCUGAAUUGGUAUAGGGUAUCGACCAACCCAGCGAUUAUGAAAGAACUGGAAUUAUACGCGGGGAGAACGAUCGCAGUCCCUUUGCUUUUCAUUUCUGGCAAGAAAGAUUGGGGUACAUAUCAAGAACCAGGUGCCGUCGAGAAGAUGAGUGAAGUCUGCCCUCAAUUCAAAGGCGUAGAGUUGAUCGAUGGUGCGGGCCACUGGGUGCAACAAGAACAGCCAGAGAAGGUCGUCGAACUUGUAUCAAAAUUCCUCAAGACCGUCAAAGUCGACUCAAUCUCACAUUGAGCCGUACCAGCUACCUUCCAGAAUCCCACCCAACCAGCUUAGAUCUACGUCACUCGGACUUUGGGGAAUUCAAUGGC